CGCUGGAGAAGAUUUAAGUAGGAGGCAGCGUCUCUUCAAUAACAUCCAAGCUCUUUGUAACCCACCUCCGGACCCAAAGUGCUGGCGACGGCGAUGCCGCCAGCAGCCAACAUGGCUGAAGCACCGCUUCCGGCACCGCCCCGUGCCAAGAUGGUGGCGUUUCCGGUCCCUGGUCAGCCCGCAGAGAAGAUGGCGGAGAAGAGGCGGCCCACGGCGCCGGUGGCGGGAGCUUCGGAAGCUCGGCGGGCGAGUCCGGCACGCGGCCUGGCUACUGAAAGCGAGGAGGAGUUUCUGCGGCAGGCCGGGGUGACGGCCAUGCUCCGCGCGGCGCUGCUCAAGGUGCUGGAGGCGCGGCCCGACGAGCCGCUCCCCUUCCUGGCGCACUACUUCGACAACCUGGGCUUGCGCUCGCCAGCCAACGGCGGCGCUGGAGAGCCCCCGGGCCUGCUUCUCCUGCAGCAGCAGCGCAUCGGCCGCGCCUUGUGGCACCUGCGCCUGGCUCACCACUCCCAGAGGACCGCCUUCAACAACAACGUCAGUGUGGCCUACGAGUGCCUGAGCGCUAGUGGCCGGAAGAAGAGGCCAGGCCUCGACGGGCGCACCUACAGUGAGCUGCUGAAACGCAUCUGCAGAGACGGGGAGGCCCCCGAGGAAAUCGUGUCCCCCCUCCUGCGGAAGAUCCAGUGCCGGGACCAUGAAGCCGUCCCCUUUGACAUCUUCCGCUAUGGCAUGCUCACCUGUUUUGUGCUGUUGGAGUUUGUGGCCCGGGCAGAUGCCCUCUACGAGGUCCUGGAUGACUCAGGCCAGGCUGACCGCCGGGUGUGCCAGGCGGUGCUGGACACCCUGGAGGGGGCCCUCUUGGCUGGCGAUUUUGAAGCCCCUAGCCGAUACCUCGAAGCCGGCUCUCAGCUAGGCCCCGACUGCCUCGCCCUGGCCAUGGACCGGGCCCUGCUGGCCCGCAAGCCCAGCUCGGCCAUGUUGAGGGACGAGUUCCUGGAGAAAGCUGCUAGCUUGUUUAUUGCCAAGGUCAGGCCUGUGGGCUAACCCCAAAGCUGCCAAACCUUUCAGGGAUCAGGCUGGCCCACGAUAUGUGUUGGGAUAGUGGAGAUCGAAGGGCAAGGCUGCCCCACCCUUCCUCUUGGCCCCGGACUCCACUCUGCCCUCAGAUACCUCAUUCCUUUCCCUGACCCCUUGCUGGGAAAGGCCCUCUGGCUGGCGUGGGAAUCCCUAGGAGGAAGGGAUAGGGCCUGGGCUGCCGGCAGCUCAGAUGGCUCAGGUUCUCCCAAAAGGAAAGUGCCCUGGCGUGUUGGGAAUGUCAGGGAACCUGACGAACUAAAGACCAGCCCUUUCUCAUCCUGAGCUUCUUCACCUCACUGCUCCUUGGCUUCCAGUCCUGGGGAGAUCAGCACCCUGUCUCUAGCCCCUGAAAAGCCUCUGCCCCAGGUGAGAAUCAGAAUCCAGGUGGUUUCCCACAGGGGAGAGGGGUCAGGUCCUGAGAUCAUUUUCUGGGCCGAAUUUGGGAGCCCGUAGCUCCAUCUAGCUCGGCACUGAGGCCAGAUUCUGCCCAGCUGUCCACCCGUGGCUUUCCCCUGCCUGCCACUGGCACCCUCUCUGCUCCUUGGGCUGGGGCUCCCACACGUCCCGAGCUUCCAUCUUCGCUCUAAGUAAUAAAUUCUUUAUAACCUCUGUC